AUGGUCCUUGCUGAUGGCCUGCCUCUGUGCAUCUACUCCCUCCUGUUGUCUGCAGUGUCUACUCCUGAUCUCCUUGCCCUGAGAGGUCUGCCUCCUACAGCCAAGGAGGUCAUUGCAAAAGACAUUGCACACAACUAUGUUUCUGAAGCCAAGAGACCCUCUGUAGGAACUGUCGCAGCAUCUGUAUCAUGUGACAAUCAGUGCCACAGCUACCUACCUGAUGCCCAGGCACAGUCUCUGCUUUUGACAGAAAUGUCCUGGUUCCGAGGGAAAGGUCACCAGAGCAAAAAGAUACUCCUCCUGGGUUCUGACCCGCUGUUUCCUUCCCUGGACCGCUCCCCAGGCGGGCACGCGGACACUUCACCGCGCGCAGUCCCAGCCGCGCAGCCGGCGCCCCCUCCAGGCGACACCGCCCACCCGCGGUGGCCCCGAGAGGCCAGAGGCAAGGCCCUUCAAGGGUGCUGCGAGCCCGCUGGGUGCUGUGCUUCGCCUUCACUCCCCCGAGCUAAGGCGAGCCGCCGCCCGGCUCCCCCAGUCGCUGCAACCGCCUUGCCCCGCGCUGUGUCAUCAGGAAAUGCGGCUUCUCGUCACAGUGCCCAGAAUACGGGACUGGGGGGGAGGAGGAGAUGGGUCGUGCCGCUGAGAUGCUGGGGUUUGUUGUAUUCGGGCAGUUCGAGUGCAUUCUGCAAGGAGGAGGCAGAUGGGGAGAGGCUGGAGAGAUGGAGGCGCCUCUGGUUAAAAGCCACCGCGCGGAGCGUGCGGCGAUCCCCCGGGACUCCUGCCGCGUCCCCGUCCCCGUCCCCGUCGCCGGCGGCCUCGCGCUCCUGGCCUUCCAAGACUAGGCGAGCCUGGCGCCGAGCCGUCUCAGCUCCCGGGAAAAGCCCGAUCCCGCCGGGCACCUGCUACCGCAGCCGGUCCCUGCGCUCUCCGCGGCGGGCAGAGGAUGAGCUGCGGGGGUCCAAACCACUAGUCACUCCAAAGGAGUGUCCAUGGCCACUGAAUGUUUCCAGAAGACGUGGCGCUGCACCAAAAGCAGACAGGUAAACACCUUUACAUAUCAGCAUUAUGAUGGUUC